CAGCCGCGAGGGCUCGGCGGAGCGCAGCCCCGCGCCCCCCGCCGCAGCGCCCCGCGCCAGCAUCAUGAAGCCCUGGGGAAGCCCCCAGGCUGGGGGAGGAAGUGGUUGCGACUGCCAAAGGCCAAGAAGAUGGUUAAGCGGGGAGCAUCCUCACCUAAUGGGGAGCCAGGACCUGUUGGUGCGGAGGCUGCCAUCCCUGGCAAGGAGCCGGCUUUCUAGAGCAAUCUGGCAGCAAGAGGAGAAUGGAAACCGUGGGAUGCAAUAAGAUCCUGUACCUGAGCCAGGAGAAGUGACCCAUGCAGUGAGCCCCAGGCCAGGCUUCAUCUUCAUCAGCUGGGAAGUGAGCCGGCAGAGAGCAAGAGUCCUGCUUGGGAUGGCUCUCGCCAGCGGCCGGUGCAGAAAAAGAAGACUGUGUCCUUCAGCACCAUGCCCAAUGACCGGAAGAUCAACAGUACAGCAGCCUGCAUCUCCUUCAUGCUGGAGGGCUGUGAGAUGAAAAAAGUACGCUCCAACUCCCGCAUGUACAGCCGCUUCUUUGUGCUGGACCCUGACAUGCGUUUCUUGCGCUGGGAGCCUUCCAAGAAAGACUCGGAGAAGGCCAAGAUUGAAAUCAAGUUGGUCAAGGAGGUGCGGGUGGGGAAGAAGACUCCUGUCUUGCGAAGCAAUGGACUCUCCGACCAGUUCCCUGAUGAGUGUGCUUUCUCCAUCCUCUAUGGGGACAAUUAUGAGUCCCUGGACCUGGUGGCCACCUCAGCUGAUGUAGUGAAUGCCUGGGUGAUGGGGCUGAGGUACUUGGUGUCCUAUGGGAAGCACACACUGGAGGCUCCCGAGGCUGGCCAUCCCAGCCUCCGGACCUCCUGGAUCUCCUCUGUCUUCGACCUUGCUGACCUAGAGAAGGCAGGCCGCAUCCCUGUCUCCCGGGCCGUGCAGCUCAUCAAGGCCUUGAACCCAGGCAUGAAAGCCUCCACCAUCGAGCUGAAGUUCAAGGAGCUGCAAAAGGCCAGUGAGCGGCCAGGGGAGGAGGUGGCAUGUGACCUCUUUGUGGAGGCCUACUGUGAACUGUGCACCAGGCCUGAGAUCUUCUUCCUCAUGGUCCAGUUCUCCAGCAACAAGGAGUACCUGGGCCUGAAGGACCUGAUGAUAUUUCUGGAGGUAGAGCAGGGCAUGGAGGGCGUGACAGAGGAGAUGUGUCUGGAGAUAAUUGGCAAAUAUGAGCCCUCCAAAGAAGGCCGGGAGAAGGGCUACAUGGCCAUCGAUGGCUUCACCCGCUACCUUCUCUCCUCUGACUGCUCCAUCUUUGACCCACAGCACCGUAAGGUAUGCCAGGACAUGGCACAACCCCUCUCGCACUACUACAUCAGCUCAGCCCACAGUGCCUGCCUCCUGGAGGACAACUUCUGGGGCAGCUCGGACAUCAGUGGCUAUGUCAGUGCCCUGCGCACAGGCUGCCGCAGCCUUGAGCUGGUGGUGUGGGAUGGCCCGGAUGGUGAGCCUGUGGUCUAUGCUGGUCGCUCGACUACCUCCCGUGUGCCCUUCCGCACCGUGGUGGGCGUUAUUGACCAGUAUGCCUUCGAGGCCUCGGACUACCCCCUCAUCCUCUGCCUGGCUGUGCGCUGCUCACCCCCCCAGCAGAGGCUGAUGGCCCAGUACAUGAAGAAGAGCCUAGGGGGGAAGCUCUAUCUGGACCCCCCAGACCCUGAGGAGGCUUAUCUGCCAUCCCCAGAGAGACUCAAGAGUAAGAUCCUCAUCAAGGGCAAGAAGCUGCCGCCCAACUGCCAUGACAGCGAGGGGGAUGUGACGGAUGAGGACGAGAGCCUGGAGCUAUCACGUCGCCUGGGAGAGGAUGACAAAGAGCAGCCUGAGGGGGGUGGGCUUCGCCGGCUGCGGCUGAGCCAGGAGCUGUCCGAGUUGGUCAGCUUGUGCCAGUCUGUGACUUUCCGGGAUUUUGAGGCCUCACGGCGGAGGCAGCGCUACUGGGAGGUCUGCUCCUUCAGUGAGGUUGAGGCCGGGCGCUUCGCCAAUGAGUGCCCUGAGGAGCUGGUGGGUUACAAUAAGCGGUUCCUGUCACGGGUCUAUCCCAGCGCCAUACGCAUCGAUGCCAGCAACAUGAACCCCCAGGACUUUUGGAAGUGUGGCUGCCAGAUGGUGGCCAUGAACUACCAGACACCAGGACUGAUGAUGGACCUCAACGCUGCCUGGUUCCGCCAAAACGGGGGCUGUGGCUAUGUCCUGCGCCCCUCCAUUAUGCGGGAGGAGGUGUCCUACUUCAGCGCCAAUACCAAGGACUCGCUGCCCGGUGUCCCUGCCCAGCUCCUGCACCUCAAGAUCAUCAGCGGGCAGAAUCUGCCCAAGCCCAAGGGCUCAGGCGCCAAGGGUGAGGUAGUGGAGCCCUAUGUGUGUGCGGAGAUCCAUGGCAUCCCGGCUGACUGCGCUGAGCAUCGCACCAAGACAGCUUUGCAGAGCGGGGACAAUCCCGUCUUUGACGAGAGCCUGGAGUUCCAGAUCAACCUGCCUGAGCUGGCUGUGCUGCGCUUCGUGGUGCUGGAUGAUGACUACAUUGGGGAUGAGUUCAUUGCCCAGUACACCAUCCCCUUUGAGUGCCUGCAGACUGGGUACCGCCAUGUGCCCCUGCAGGCACUGACUGGCGAGUCCCUCCCCAAUGCCACCCUCUUUGUGCACGUGGCCAUCACUGACCGCCGGGGUGGGGGCAGGGGGCACAAGCGGGGGCUCUCGGUGCGUAAGGGCCGUCGGGUACGGGAGUACACCUCCACCAAGGCCACUGGCAUCAAAGCCAUUGACGAGGUCUUCCGCACAGCCACCCAGCCCCUGCGAGAAGCCACUGACCUCCGGGAAAAUGUGCAGAAUGCGCUGGUGUCCUUCAAGGAGCUGUGUGGGCUUACACCAGCGGCCAACAUGAAGCAGUGCAUCUUGACAGUGGCCACGUGGCUUCUGCACAGCGAGGGCACCCCCACCGUCACGCUCAACCUGGAUGAGCAGUACCCAGCCAUGGAGGCCCAGGGACCAAUCCCCGAGCUGCUACGCAAAGUGCUCACCGCCUACGAGACUAUGAUCCAGACCAGCCGGACCCUGAUUGAAUCCGCUGAUGCAGUAUACAGCAAGCUCAUUCAAGCCCAGCAAGCAGGGAUGGAUUUCCACAAAGAGCUGCACCGGCUGGAGGCCAAGGAGGGGCUAAAGGGCAGGAAGCUGCAGAAGGCACUGGAGAGUUUUGCGUGGAACAUCACUGUGCUGAAGGGCCAAGCUGAUUUGCUCAAACAGGCCAAGGCAGAGGCAUUGGACAACCUGUGGCAGAUCCACAAUGCCGGACAGUCCUGUGGCAUCGGCAGGAAUGGCUCAGCCUCCCCAGAACCCAGCCGGGUCCGGACCCCACUGGAGCCCAUUCCUGAGACAGAAGGAGGCAGUGACAUGGCAUCUUGCUGACCGCGGUGUGGGGCACUGGGGCCUGGACUGAGACAGCGGCCCAGCCAGCGGUGGGAGGCCCCGUGGCUGCCCCAGUGCCUCAGACCCGGGACUGUGGGGGCACCCUUGGCCCCCUGUGUCCAGAGACUCCAGCCAGCUUGACGGCUUUUUAUCAUGAAUUUUAAAGACUUGGCAGUGGCAUUCUUGGCAGGGCUACAGCUGGCCAUUCAUGGGGUGCCCUUCAAGGAGUGUUAGCAAGGGGCUGAUAGGAUUCUGCUGGGCCCCUUGAGCAACCCAGGCACAAGGGAGGUGAUAUCUCACCAAGACCUGGCAGAUGAAUUUAUGGCUCCUACAGAGUCGGGGCAGAAUACAUGUGGGUGCAGUCCACACGGGUACCAGCAGAGUCCCCGUAUGGACAGAGGUUCUUUGGAGCUGGAAGGAGGUUCAGAGCCGAGAAGAGGUGAGAAGUGAGGAGCAGCUAGUUCCAGGAAGUCCGGAAGUCAGUCUGACCCUUUCUUCUGUGCUUCCCCUGGCCUCACCUCCUCUCCUGCCUUGCUGCUGCUU